AGCUGACUCUGAGGGAAGCAUAGAAUGGGCAGUGUGUCUUGGGCUACAGCUCCUGCAUUAUUCACGAGGGAAAUCCACAGGGAGGGGAGGGAGGAGUAAACAAGGGGGUGUGUGGAGUAGCUGUUAAUACGUGGCAGCGUGCGUCCUCCUAUUUGCUGUGCUACUUGGAGGCUUGGUGAGCUUGAGGUAAUGAGCCUCUAUGUAAGCCACAGAGGAGGAGGAGGAGGGAUGGUGAGCAGAGAGAGUGAUUUUUCAGCAGCAGUUAAAUUGCACAUCUAUAUUUGACCCUGGAAAAGGCCUCUUCCGUUUUCUCGGCAGCUGAAGGCCAGAGGUCUGCUUCCUUGGAAACUGCAAGGGACAGGGGUCUGCACCCAGCUGUGCUGCUUGGAUGUUUCUCAGGUCUUUGCAAUCAUGUCUCAAAUAUUCCUUGUCUUGCAUGGAGGACCUUCUCGUUUGAGAUAGAGGUGAACGAAAGACAAUUGAAUAGCCCUGAAGGGAGCGAGAAAGAAUCAGAGAAGAGCAAAUGGCUUAAGGGUGAAAGGUGAAGGAGGCUGUUCAGUAUUAAACCGGGACUAAGACAAGAGUAUUUAAAUAAACACCCGGAACCACAGUAUUAAGCAAAUCAAGUAUCCUGCUGCACUACGGUAGUAAGACACCACUUUGCCUUGUUGGAAGAAACUGGGGACGUAGGAUCUUAGCCAAAUAUUCAAAAUGGUAAUGCAAAGGUAUCUCCUAACCUAUAUGGGAGUGGUGCUUGCUUUAUACCUUCAUCACCUCAUCAGAGCCAUUGAAGUCCCUCGGGAUCCAAGUAUUCAAGAUACAUUGCCUCAACCCCCCACUAUCACAAAACAGUCUGUGAAGGAUUAUAUUGUAGAUCCAAGGGAUAAUAUAUUCAUUGAGUGUGAAGCAAAAGGCAACCCCAAUCCCAUAUUUUCAUGGUCACGAAAUGGGAAGUUCUUCAAUGUCGCCAAGGACCCAAGAGUAAGCAUAAGACAUUGGACGGGUACACUGGCUAUUGACUUCCGCAGUGGCGGUAGGCCAGAGGAUUAUGAGGGGGAAUAUCAGUGUUUUGCUCGGAAUGAUUUGGGGACAGCCAUCUCCAACAAAAUAUUCCUGCAAGUUUCAAAGUCUCCUUUGUGGCCAAAGGAAAACUUGGACAUUCAAGAGGUUCAUGAAGGUGCUCAUCUUAUCUUGGCAUGCAAUCCCCCUCCUGGACUGCCGCCUCCUGCUAUCUUCUGGAUGAGCAGCUCCAUGGAGUCAAUCCACCAAGACAAGCGUGUCUCCCAAGGACAGAAUGGUGACUUAUAUUUCUCCAAUGUCAUGCAGGAGGAUGCCCUGACUGACUACAGCUGCAAUGCUCGCUUUGCAUUUACCCACACCAUCCAGCAGAAAAACCCGUACACCCUCAAGGUCCUGACCAAGCAUCCCCAUAAUGAAACGUCCUUUCGAAAUCACACUGACAUAUACAGUGCCCGAGGUAUCACAGAAAGGCACCCCAGCUUCCUGUACCCCACUGGGACCUCAAGCAGUCAGAUGGUGCUGAGAGGAGAGGAUCUCUUACUGGAAUGCAUUGCUUCGGGAGUUCCAACACCAGAUAUCGCGUGGCACAAGAAAGGAGGUGAACUCCCAGCGGGCAGGUACAAGCUGGAGAACUUUAACAAGGCUCUUCAUAUUGCCAAUGUUUCCGAGGAAGAUUCUGGGGAAUACUUCUGCUUGGCUUCCAACAAAGUGGGCAGCAGCCGGCACACGAUCUCGGUGAGAGUAAAGGCUUCUCCUUACUGGUUGGAUGAACCAGAGAACCUUAUUUUGGCUCCUGGUGAGGAUGGGAGACUGGUUUGCCGAGCCAAUGGUAACCCCAAGCCUUCAAUCCAGUGGCUGGUGAAUGGAGAACUUAUAGAAAGUUCUGCUCCCAACCCAAGCCGUGAAGUAACUGGAGAUACUGUUAUGUUUCGGGACAUCCAAAGUGGCAGCAGUGCCGUGUACCAGUGCAACGCUUCUAAUGAACAUGGGUACCUGUUAGCCAAUGCCUUUGUCAGCGUCUUGGAUGUUAUUCCUCGGAUCCUUGCCCCUCGUAACCAGCUGAUCAAAGUGAUUCAGAACAACCGGACUUUCCUUGACUGUCCAUUCUUUGGGUCCCCAAUCCCCACCUUACGAUGGUUUAAGAAUGGCCAGGGAAGCACACUGCAUGGUGGCAACUACAAAACACAUGAGAAUGGGACUUUGGAAAUCAUCAGGGCUCGAAAGGAAGACCAGGGAACGUAUACCUGUGUGGCCACUAAUCUUCUGGGCAAAGCACAGAACCAAGUUCGUUUGGAAAUAAAAGAUCCAACUAGGAUCACAGACGGGCCCAAAGAUGCUGUGCCAAAGAAGGGUUCCACAGUUCAGUUGAUAUGCCGGAUAAGACAUGACCCCACGCUGAGACUUACAGUCACCUGGCUCAAGGAUGACGCGCACCUGUACUUAGGAAGCAGGAUGAAGAAGGAAGAAGAUGGCCUCACGAUAUAUGGAGUGGCUGAGAAAGAUCAAGGCUAUUACACCUGUGUCGCCAGCACGGAACUCGAUAAAGAUAUUGCUAGAGCUCAUCUCACUGUCCUUGCUCCUUCUUCUGUUAACCGUAUGACCCCACUCAAAGCACGUCCCGAACGUCCUCGGGACCUUGAACUAACAGAUCUCGCUGAAAGGAGUGUGCGGUUGACAUGGAUUCCUGGGGAUGACAACAACAGCCCCAUCACAGAUUACAUUGUAGAAUUUGAGGAGGAUAGAUUUGAACCUGGAACUUGGCACAACCAUUCCCGACACUUAGGAAGUGUGAACUCUGCCAUCUUGCGCCUCGCGCCCUUUGUCAACUACCAGUUCCGAGUGAUAGCUGUGAACGAAGUAGGAAGCAGUUAUCCCAGCACGCCUUCUGAGCGUUACCAUACAAACGGUGCACGUCCAGAAAUUAACCCCACAGGAGUUAAAGGGGCAGGAACAGCAAAAAAUAACAUGGUGAUAUCGUGGACGCCAUUAAAUGCAACCCAGGUUUAUGGCCCCAACCUGAGAUACAUUGUGAAAUGGAGGAGAAGGGACACACGAGAGAAUUGGAGCAACAGAACAGUAAAGGGUGAUGUCAGCUACUACACUGUCACACAGACGCCCAUCUAUACACCCUACGAGAUCAAAGUGCAGGCUGUCAACGACUAUGGGAUGGCUUCAGAACCUGAAACUAUCAUUGGCUACUCGGGGGAAGAUUAUCCUAAGGCUGCUCCCACUGAUCUUAGACUCAAAGUUGUAAACAGCACGGCAGUCAGCCUGCAAUGGAGUAGAGUGUACCCGGAAACCAUCCAGGGACAGCUUAAGGAAUACAGAGCUUAUUACUGGAGAGAAAGUAGUUUGAUGAAGAACCUAUGGGUCUCUAAGAAAAAGCAGUCUAUGGGUUUUAUUGGAGACCGGACACGGGGCAUAGUGUCCCGGCUGUUUCCUUACAGCAACUACAAAAUGGAGAUGGUUGUAGUCAAUGGGAGAGGAGAUGGGCCUCGAAGUGAAACUCUGGAGUUCACAACACCGGAAGGAGUGCCCAGUGCCCCAAGGUAUUUCAGAAUCCGUCAGCCAAACCUGGAAACCAUCACUUUGGAAUGGGAGCACCCUGAACAUCCCAAUGGCAUUCUUAUUGGAUACACCCUUAGAUACCAAGCCUUUAACGGAUCCAAAAGUGGCAGAACAUUGGUAGAGAACUUCUCUCCUAAUCAGACAAAGUUUAUACUCCAGAGGACGGACCCCAUAUCGCGCUACAGAUUCAACCUGCGUUGCAAGACGCAAAUUGGGGAAGGUGAGCCUUCCACGGGGGAGUCGCCAAUUCCAUUGAAUGAAGUUCUUCCAACCUCAGUUCUAAUCUCGCCAACAACAAUCGACCAAACUACAGCUGCCACAACUGUGGCCACCACUACAGAAGCCACCACUACAGAAGCCACUACUACAGAAGCAACCACCACAACUACCACCACAGAAGCUACCACCACCACAGAAGCUACCACCACCACAGAAGCAACCACCGUCACAGAAGCAACCACCGUCACCACAAUUGUUGCUAGUACAAUAGCUGGUGUUGGAAAACAGCCCAUCUGGGACGUAAAAGCUUCACCUAACAGUAACUUGGCCAACAUAACCUGGAACCACACGUUUGAUCCUGAAACUGAGUUUGUGGUUGAGUAUAUCAACAGUAAACAUUGGGAGCACGAGAAUGCUGCAGGAUCCUUAAUGCCACCAGAGAUCCUGUCAUCUCUCAAAGGUAACAAAACAGUGAAAUCUUUCAUUGGUAAAGCCUUUGUGGAGCUGUUUGACCUGAUUCCUGGGGAGAAGUAUCUAGUGCGGGUUUAUCUCAAAGGGAAUGAUACUAUCAGCUCGAACGUAACCUUUCAAACAAGUCCAGCAUAUACUAACAACCAACGGGACAUUGCAACUCAGGGCUGGUUUAUUGGACUGAUGUGUGCCAUCGCUCUUCUGGUCCUGAUUUUGCUGAUAGUUUGCUUCAUUAAGAGAAGCAGAGGAGGGAAAUAUCCAGUGAGAGAAAACAAAGAUGUUCCCCUGGACCCUGAUGACCAGAAGGUAGAUAAUGGGUCGUUUGAUUACAGGUAUGUUUCUAGUGACGAAGACAACAAGCCGCUGCAGGGCAGCCAGACCUCAAUAGACGGCACGAUAAAGCAGCAAGAAAGUGACGACAGCUUGGUGGACUAUGGCGAAGGAGGCGAAGGGCAGUUCAACGAGGAUGGCUCCUUUAUUGGGCAGUACACAGUCAAGAAGGACAAAGAUGAGACAGAAGGCAACGAGAGCUCGGAAGCCACAUCACCAGUUAAUGCUAUCUACUCCCUGGCAUAACACAAUACACUGAAACAGCAGCAACGGAAAGAAACAGAAGUCGGUGUGGGUCGGCAAAGUCACCAUCAACAGCAGAUCACAACCAGAGUUGGACAAAUAAUGACCAAACACAAACCUGGCCAGGUGGUCACCAGUGCCAUCACCUCUUUAGCAAACAAAGCAAAUGGCAUAGAUGCACAGGCUGCUGAAGUGAUCAUACUGCAGCUGAAACCUGAGCUAACCCACAAGAGACCAGUAGAAGAGCAGGAUGCACAGAUUCUACGCCCCAGGCUUCAGAACUUGGACUGAAAUAAACACCCCUCUAUACCCCCCUCCAAUGUCUAA